UUUGAUGGUAUUUCUAUGUGAUUUGAACUAAUAUAUCUAAAAUAAAAUAGCAAGUAAUAUAGAUUUUUAACUAACCUAACCUAAAUAUCUUUUGUUGUAUUUUGCAGCCGAAUUCAAAAUGGCAGCAAAUGCCCCACUUAAGGAACAAUUGUCAGCGAUUGAAAUUCAACAAGAUUACUAUGAAGCUGUAGGAGAUGCGGAUUGGGAACUUUACGAGAAAAACGAUAGAAAAUAUUUGUUACAAAAAGUCGCUGUGGCCUUAUGUGGACCGCCGUCAAGAGAAGGCAAUUUGAGCGCAGGCGACGAUUUAAUACUACAGGGAUAUGAAACAAGAGAAACCGAAAUUUCUACCCAAGUUUUUAAUAAAAUAUGCGAGCAAGCUAAAUAUUCACAAGACAAUGAAAGUUUAUACAUCUCUCUUAUAAGAGUAGUUUGCGUUAUGCCAAGUGAAUCGGUACCUUUUUACAAAAUUACACCAUCUGAUUACUGGGUAGAUUUGCACGUGAAGAAAAGUGGUGUCGACAUAUCAAUUUUCCACGUGUUCAGUUUGAGAAAAUGUAUUUCUAUCAAAUCUGGAGCCCAAGGAUGCCGAAUCUUUAUAGACCACGAUGGAAGAGUUUACCAAAAUUGGCAAGCUUAUUUAACUAAUAAUAACUUACCUGAAUGCGUGAUGGUGGUCCCGGAAAAUGGACAGUAUAGAGGACACAUUGAAUCGGCUAUGUUUAAUGAUGACAAUAUGGAAUGGGCAGAGAUCAUGCCACUGGUGAAAUGCCAAGUUGUUCCAUCACCAGCGUUGGGGCUCGGUGCUAAAAUACUAAGCGUGACCGAUACUGCAAGUACAUUUGCCAACAUUGGAGCUUUGUUAGGGGUCGCUGGAGCAUUAUUAGUACCCGCCGCUGCUCCCGUAGCUGUUGGAACGGCAGUCGGAGUUGGUGCUGUUACUGGAGUAUAUGGUAUUGUGCGUUCAUCAAUGAAUUUAGCGGACAGACGUAAACACGAACAGAGUAUUGGAAUAGAGAAUAGUGCAGCUCGAGCUAGCUGGAUCAAUAUUUUGGUGUCUACAGCUGGUAUAUCUGCCAGUUGUGCUACUAAAUUGUUAUCCUGGGCUGCGGCAUCUGGAACUAACGUUGUGAUACUCAUGAACGCGGUUCGGGUAUUGCAAUAUGCCAAUUUAGGCACUGGCUUCUUAGGAAUCCUCAACAGUUUGAGUGACAUGAUCAUGAAGUACACUAAGUAUAAUGAGAAGCCUACAACUUUGGAAAUAUUCCAAUUUACUUCAUCAGCAUUAUUCUUUGGUAUUGGUGCUAUGUCAAAUCAAACUGCUCAAGAAAUUGUGCAAGACGCCCAAGCAAAGACGAUUAAUGAAUUCCGGGACGCUCUGCCUAGUAAAGUAAAAAAGAAAAUGUUUGAUAAAGUAACUGCCGAAACUCGCAGAGUAAAGGGUACAAUUCAAGGCAAUGCCGACGUAAUAAAAGGCUUGCAAAAGAUAGAAAAUAAAAAUGAAUUUUUUGCCAAAAUAGCUAGAAUAAACAAACAAAUGAACAAAAAUAAAAUACGAAUAUCUUUAGCUCCUGAUGGUAACCCAAUGAUAAACAGUCAGCAUAAAGUUGGUUUAAAUAAUCUACAUAAGCUCGGCAGAAGUGGUAGAGACCAAUUGUUUGCAAAAUAUGGUCCUGACACACUUAUGGCUAAGAACGCUCCGACGAGGCUACACGCAUCGACUAGCUCCAGCAGUGGUCCAGUCUUUUCACUAGAAACUGACUGUUUUAUCAAACCACAAGAAGUAAUCAAGAUCGGCGUCUUUAUAUAUAGUUUAUGCAACUCUGACCAAGACUUACUUUAUGAAAUUCUUUCUGAAAUAAGCAGAGAUAUCCAUGACGCGUUUCUAGUAUUCUGCAUCGAUUUUAUAGCUUCACUUUUACCAUUUGAAAUUAAUAAAUUGAGUUUGUAUGAUCCGCAUUAUAAGAUACGUAUAAUAUUAUUUGUCUUAAACUAUAUUAAAUCAAAUAUCGAUAUAAAUGAUUCAGAUAGAGAUAUUUCAUUUAAGAACGUAUUAAAGACAUUUUUUAAAAAUGGCAAAGUUGAUGCAAACAUGAUACGUAAGAUUAAAGAAAAGCUCAUGGAAAGAGUAUCUGAAAAAUCAUCUACAAAUAAUGAUCCUCGUAAAUUUGAUGAUUUAUACAAUUUCCGAAAAUCACGAAACGUCAAAUUUAUGACACUAACAGCUGGCGAAAGUGUUAAAAUCGGCAAUCAUGAUGUUUUAGUCAAAGCAAGCACAAUAGAAAAACUAGACGAGUGGCUUGAAAUGUUUUCACAAGAGCAGUGCGAUAGAUAUUUGAUGAUAUGUUUUGAAAUUGUAUCUCUUCUGACAACUAAGGAAAUUGAUAAAUUAAUCGAAAUAAAUUUCGAUGAAGAUGUUUUAAUGAGGGUUUCACAUUAUUUUGUUGCCACUAACAAACAACUCGAUCUAUUUGAUAUUUUAUCAGACGAUAUAAAUUCAGAUUUAUUAUCAGACAUUGCUUUAAACUAUAAACAAGAGAUUGUAGAAUGGAGUUUCUUUAUUGAUGUAAGGAAAUAUGCACACUGUAAGGAGUGUUCAUGUAUAAGUUUUAUACUGGAAUAAAAUUGAUAUCUUAUAUUUUCAAUCCAUAAUAAAUAAAUAGAGACCGAACCUAUAUGUAUGUUAUUAAAAUACUUAAAGUGCCUUAUAUGAAUAAAGUUUAUUUAAGCAUAAUGGAUUGUUAAUUCUCCAUGCAUGUAGAUUGAUAAUGUAGCGUAUAUGUAUGUGAAUCAAAAAUUUUUAAAAAAAGUAACAUGUAUAUUAGAAUUAUUUAACAUUUAUUCAAUGGAUUCAAUAAGUAAAAUAAUAUUAUAAAACUUCUAUUUAACCAGUGGUAUAAUAAAAAAUAUAUUGUAUUAUUAAUAAAGUAUAUACAAAUAAA